AUGGAUCAAGGGAUUUGGGAUUCUCUGGAGGACUCCCAAUUUUCUGAAACUCCGGCUGAAAUCGAAUCGUAUUUGAAUUCCCCCAUAGACCGGGUCAGGGCUAUGGUCGGAGGUGAUUUUCCGGCAAGCUUGGGGUUUUCUGGAUGGGCAGAGCAGAUGGGGAAGAUUGGAUCACACAGCAGAGGAUUCACAACUUGGCCAACAAAGAGCACAACACCAUUGGUCUCCUCCCUUAUUACAAAGAGGAAAGGAUGGUCAGCUACAAAGUCAAACAAGUCCACGGGCCUGUACCUCGAACAUGUAGCCUCCAACAUUGAAUCCGAAACUGCUGCAGCCUCCGUGCCCUGUUCUUCCACCUCUACGCAUGCCUUAUGA